AUCGUCCUGUCAUUAUGCAGGAGAUUGAGCACCGGCAGUGAUAAGAGUUCGUUAAUUUUAAGUUUCUUAACAUGUCAUAACUGACUCGUUUUCAUAAUCUGAAAGUCAGACGCACAUUUUACGCAUUUACGCUUCGACUGUGAUUUUUCAAUUACCAGGAUGACCAUUUUAUGGAGAAACCGGUAAAUUAUGGGAGUUUCCUAUUGAUAGACCGAGCUACCUCUAGCAUCAUAUAAAAGUGUUGACGGAAAUAAUUUUGCCAAGUUGUUAUUUUUGAAUGUCACCAAGACAGAUUGGUGACGGAUAUAUGAAAGGAUAUGGAUCAUUUUGCAGCUGAGUGCCUUGUGUCAAUGUCCAGUCGGGCUAUCGUGCAUCCUAAAGAAAACAGAGAGUCCAAAGCAGAACCUGCAUGUUCUCAAAGGAAUGUGGAAGAGAAGGACGCAAUGAUCAAAGACAAUUCUUCUCUAUUUGUGGUGGCUCGGAUUCUAGCGGAUUUUAACCAACAAACCCCUACCGACAUCACCGAGCAGACUAAAAUAACAGAGGAGUGCGCAUCGCCAACAGCUUCGGAGGAUGGAAGUACUGCCACACCUACCACGAACAUCGACCCCGGCCGCACACAAAGAGGCAAACGUGUCAGAGGUCGAAUCGAACCCGAAUCUCCUCAGAAAAAGCAUAAAUGCCAUUUUUCAGGUUGCGAAAAAGUUUAUGGCAAAUCGUCCCAUCUCAAAGCGCAUCUAAGGACGCACACAGGAGAACGUCCAUUCCCUUGCACCUGGCCUGACUGCAACAAGAAGUUUGCCCGCUCAGAUGAGCUGGCGCGCCACUACCGCACCCACACGGGGGAGAAGAAGUUUGGGUGCCCGUUGUGUGACAAGCGUUUCAUGAGGAGUGACCAUCUUAUGAAGCAUGCACGCCGCCACUCCGACUUCCAGCCUGGCAUGUUGAAGAGGCCCUACGGCGGAGCGGUCAACAGUAACCGACCCGGCUCCCUCAGCGACUACAGCCGCUCAGACGCGUCCAGCCCCACCCUCAGUCCCGCCAACUCGCCUUAAAGCCCUGCAGCACUUACAGUCUCUGCCCUGCCACCUCCACAUUCAGACACACUCAUAAGACACACCCCAGUCUCAUCGACUCUUUCAACCAUAACGGUGGACAGUUCAAUGGAUUCUGUCCAGCGACUUUGGUACCCCCCCCCCCUCCCCACCACCUCACCCUUGAUCGUCUACUUUAAUGCUGUGGAAACUUUGAUUGGGGACAGGGCCACACCCGCCAGGCUCCCUCAGUUUGGUCCUUUAAUUGGAGCUAUUCUAACAGGGUGAAAUUCCAAUUACACUUGUACUACACAGUUGCAUAUGAACUUACUUUGCCAAUCCUACGCUUGCUGUACUGUGUCGUACGUACCUGCUUAUUGUAGUGCAAUUUCUUUAAGAAACUCAACAAAGACAUACAUGCCUUCUUCAUGGCUAUAUCUCCAUUUACAAACGUGUACUAUCUAUAUUAUUUCUAUUGUAAGCCUCUGGCAAAUGUUGAACCAUUUGCAAUCAGUUUAAUAAGAUAAAUUGGUCAAUAGAGAACAAAUUUUAUAGGACAAUUAUGUCAUCUUAUGUUAGUGUGCAACCUUCAUUUAAAAGCAGAUCACAUUUACACCUCAGGAUUAAGAAAAUUAUUUGUAUCCACUUAACUUGACUGCACAAUACAGACAUCACUUUACAGGCAUUUCAACGUGUGUUGAAAUUCUGCCCUGCUCAGGGAAGGCCUAGGUUGCUUGAAAGAAUGAAUACAAUGUUGACAUAUACACACACACACACAAACACACACACAAACACAAACACACAGUGCACAGCAUCAAUCAAGGAAAGUAUGUGAGAAAGAAACGCCGUAACUUGAACAUCUACUGGACUGACUUUCAGACUGGACAUUAAGCACCCUCACUUUCAUGGCUAAUCUCUAUACUUCUAUAUUCGACCAUCGUUUCAGAGGGUAGUCUCACCUGUCUUUUUUAAAGACUAAAGUGUAGGAACAGCAUUACACUUUUUUGGUGACACCCCCUCAGAAAGGUUGCUUCAAAGAUACUGAGAACAUAGUCACUAAAAACUGAAUUGACCUGGAAGAGAACCUUCCCUCAUCCUGGAAAAAGCCUGCACAUUACUUAAUGAGGCUACAAUAAGAAUAUUUAAGAAGAUGACUAAAGCAAUAUCACUCAACCUGACAGCAUUUGUUUGAUCAGAGUGGCCUGUCAACUACAGUACAUUACCGAGAAUCAUCACCGGGUUUGUUCCGGUACUUGUGGAGGUUGGACUCACACACACCAAGCCUUGGUGUCUUAUCAGAGGGUUUUGGCGUUGAAACGGCAUCCAUCCCCAUUGAUGGGACAAUGUAUGGAAGGAAAAGACGAAUUAAAGUAGUCAUGAAGAGACUUUCAGUUUGUUCAUGUCAAGUUAAGUCCAGUGCCUGUAUCUAUUGCAGGUGGACUUAGGGCUUGAUACAGCGGAAUGAGGGGACCAUGAGGUACAAUAAAAGACAUACAAUAAAAGCCUAGCUUUAUCAGCUGGAGGGAACACCCAGUGAGAUCAUAGCGAGUUAGAACCUCACCCUUCAACCCUCUGAACACAUCAUGAAAAACUUGACAAAGCCCAAAGAAGAGUGCAGCCAUAGAUGGAUAAAAAAAGUAGCAUUUAGGAGUAUAGGCAAGAGACUGUGUUUGAUUUUCACACUGAGCUUUAUGCACUGUUCAUAUACACUUACAAUGGAAAAUGUACUCUCAGAGGGAACGUCAACUAAAACGUGAGAGGAGUCAAGUCUCCUUUACAGAUAAGCAUAAUGUUAAACAUUGUUAAAUCAUGCAUGGAGACUAUUUUCCUUGCAGAUGUGACCAUGGUGUCUUCUCAUGUGUACUGUACAAUCCAGCCUUUACCACUGCCUCUGAUUAAGAAUGAUGGGACACACCCAGAGCUCUCCUUAUAGAUCCAGUAGUCCCUUAGUUUUCUGUAUGUUUAUUUCCUUAAGAUGGACAUUACAAUUGCUUAACAGCUUUAUCAUCAUAGGGAACAGGCUAUAAAGCCUCAUAAAGACAUUUGCUAUAUAACAUUCUCCCUCAAAAUCAAAUCUUUUUUCUGAAGUUAGAUGCAAGAGUCCCCUUUGUACUUCUUUGGAAGUAUGAAAACAAAAUACUUUAUUGGCACAGGCCCUUCUCAAGACCCAAUGAAACCUUCAGGAAAAGUAAUCUAGGAAAUAUAAGACCUAGCUAGCUUUCAACACAGCAAUGCUUAUGUCAAUCAGUACAAUGUAUCAAAGAUCUUCAGCAAAUUUGAUGGCUGUGCUUUUGGAAUCAGGUCUGAAAUAGUCAAAGGACCUCAGACCUCUCCCUCCUGAGGAAAUCUGCUUGAGGUUCUCAAUGGGAUAAGCCAUGGACUUGGCUGUGCUGUUCAUGUGCUUCAGAGUUGGCUUUCAACAGAGUCGAAUUGCACGCUGAUUGGUGCACACACACAGACACACACGCACACACACGCAGACACACAUGCACACAAACACACACACAGACACACAUGCACACCCACGCACACACACGGGGGGGAGAGGAUUUGUCCAGCUGGAGAGGACUAGGAAUGUUUCUGUGGGGAAGGAAGCAGGUGUCAGCCUGUGAAUGGCCAGCGUUGUCCCCUUGCUUCUCCCCAAGGCCCCAUUUUCCCAGUCACCUAAAAAGAGCCAUCAUCAGCGUUUUCCCUCCCUCUUCCAUAAAGACAACACCCCUUAUGAAAACACACUGCAUCACUACUGCAGCAUUCCCAGUCAUAAAAUCACAGUAGACUUACUCUUAGAUAACCCUCACACUGUUUUCUAAGGUUUCAGUUUGAUGUCUGACUCAUGGGAUUCCACAGUGACUGGAGAGUGCAAAUAGGAGGGAAGAAAGAGACAGCCCUGCUCUCGACCCUUUAAGAGCUCAUUGUAAAAGUCAUUAAAAACAGACAACGAGCGUUUCAAACUUGCGUGGAGCUGUACAAUCCCUCAAUGACAUAUCCCUCCGCCUAUUGACUCCUUUCGAUACAGGAGAAGUUUUGUAUAAAUUCCAUCAGUGAUGUGUUUUUUGUGAUAGUAUCUCAACAUGACAAUAAUAGUUGCAUGAGAGACCAAGGGUGACAACAUUUUGUAUUUUGUCACCUGCUUGGCAUCCAAGAGACCCCUACCGCAGGGUGUGACUGGUCCCCUACCGCAGGGUGUGACUGGUGUUAAGCUGUUCAUUCAGGAUGUUUCAUACACCUUUUUUCCAUGACAGAUAAAAAAACUAAAAGGGUUCGUCCAUUCAGUCUGGUGUUCAUCUUUAUCCAUAUUCAAACAAAGUGGUGUUCCAGUCCAAAUAUGAUGUCAGUAAGUGUGGAUUUAUAUUAAUGUACUGUCAUUUAAAGGAUUGUUGAAGCAUUUUCAAAGUUUUAGGGCCUGGAUAAAAUAACUUUAUUACGAGGAGUGAAGGUGGGAGUACUGAGUCAGUCAAGUGCAUCAAUCAACAGUUUCAAAGAUGGCCACCUUUUUAACUGGAACCUCAGUAUGGUUGUUGAGAAAUUAUUUAGUAAGAUAUGCUGUGUGAUUUGAGAACUGUUCUUUUUUUUAUUGAUGACGACCAGACAUUUGUAUGGUAUGGUCACUUUCUUUUCCUCACUUUCUGUCAUUAUUAGUAUUUCUAUCAUUGUAACUUGAUUUGUGUUGUUUUGUACGUUUUCUUAUCACCCGAGUGUCCAUAUCAUGUUUUUAUUUGGGGAUAUUAUUUAAUGUUUCUCAUGCAAAUUAUGCAAAGCGUUAUAAACAUACUGUAUACUGUAUUACAUCUGCACAAAGAUAAACUGGUGACACAGCAGGGAAGUAUUCAAAAUGUAUUCAAAGGAAACACGUUUAGUGUAUAUCGUAAUUGUGAUCUCUUCUUAACAUGCUUACGACAUUUUCCUUAACAUAAUUUGUUACUCCAUUAUCGAAAUUGACAUAGGUUUCUCUAUUUGCUUUUUACAAUGUUUUUGGUGUAAUGAUGUCAUUAUGCAUGACUUGGUUGUGGAAGUAAAUGGUUAUGUUUUACUGAAAUUUAAAUAUAGUGUGCCAAAGGCAAAAAUGAUUCCACAAACAGAGAUAUUUACAUCCAGUUGUCCAUUAUUAUAGUAUGACAUGAAUGACAUUUAAAAAUAUGUUUUUGUAAAUAAACAUGUCAUGUCACAAACAUUGUGACAACUGAACACAAGAGCAGAAACUCAAAUGUCCAUUGAUCUUGUUUGAAUUUGAUUACUUUAAUUUGCUUUAUAUCUGACUGAAAAGGGAUAGUUGCUUGUACUGUCUCAUUUCUGAAUUUUCUUUCCAGCUUCUCUCGAUUUUUGUGACACAGCACAAGAGCCGUCAGUUGUAGAAAAAUGGUGGUUAAAUGUUUGUAUACUCUUUGCGUCAAACCAACGUAUCUGUCCCUCUUUUUAUGUCAUGUAUUUAUUUUUGAAUGUGUAUUAUAUAUAUUUUUGACUGUGA